AUGUGCGUGAUGCAUGUUUCUCUCAAUAGUCUCUCCACAUUCUGUACACUCUCAUCGGCUAAUCCGGAUUAUUGCGAACAUUAUUUGUACACUGAAAUCGACGUAACCGUAAAAGCCAACAAUUUACAAUCAGCCGUGGUACACCCGGGCGUUAUCAUUGGUGUCGAUCUCCGUCCGCCAAAUUCGCCGAUUCGGUUCGUCACCCUCGCGAUCAUUCGCUCGAUGACACCACCAUUCAUUUACAUAUUUCAAAAUAGGCGUCACAUGAUCUGCCGAUGGCUCGUCGCUUUUUUAGCGACGUGGCUCAUUGUCAUCGUUGUGACAUCGAGCACAGAGAAUGAAGGUGAAGGGAGCGGCAGCAUUGUGGACGUCGAUGACGAUCGUCUGCUGUCGACGACAGUCUCGUCGAUGAAUCGAGACACUCCGCCGCUCGUGAAUGAUGUCGACGUGUUACGGUCGCCAACGACGAAGACCGUCUCAAAAAGAUCUACCAAAGUUUUUUACAACGGCCUAUUGGACCCGGAGUUCUUUUCGCCAUUCUCCUACAACAAGCCCCGAAUUCCGCCAACAGCCGUCAUCCCGUUCGGACGGCCGUUGCAACGCGGCAACAAUAUUCCUCAGUUGCAAUACAUCGCGCUAUGGGCGCCACGUGGCCAGAGUCCGCAUUGGGGAAUCAUCGCGACGAAUUCGAUGGGAAAACUCGACGGCGUGUUCAUCAAAGAUCGCCGAAUCUACAAUUUGUCGAGCACCAAUCUCCAGAACACCAAUGUGCGCCUAUUGCAGUAUGUCGGAAGCGAGAGCUCGAAUAAUUUUCGAUUCGCAUGGACGCGGGCAAUCGAUGUCGACAUCGCGACAGUGGUGUCGGAAAAGAAAGUGGGACUUUGCCAUCCGCGAAUGGCGCCGGCGAUAUUGCAGGAUCAAGGCUAUGAGUACCUCGGAGAAGCCGACAUUGACAAUCGCAUAAUGUUUUAUGUGGAGCAUAAUUAUGUGAACACUGUCGAAGGAGCCUUGUUCACCAACAACGUGUUUCUGCUGACGAAACAACAAUGCCAAUGCUCGUGUCCCCUCAAUUCAUACUAA